CCUAUUUACUUUGCAAAAGUUGCCUUGAAAAGAAGCCCAUCUUGAAAAGUACUCCAUCCAAAGGCCAUCUUAAUAGGGCCUGUUUAUUUUUGCCAAAAUGUUGCCUCAAGUCAGCCAUGGGUUAGCUUAUCCAAAAGAGUAAAAUGCAAAAAACUACUUAAUUUUGAAUCAACAUUUGACAAAAAUUACUUUUUUGUACUAAAAUCAUUAAAAAAUAUUUUAAUAUAUUAUUCAUUCUGUAAGAUUUGUUCAGAAUUUCCAAUUUAGGGGUCAUAUACAAAUGUAUGUAAAAUGUAUUUUUGCAACUAUCAGGGCUUUGUUGGUGUGCUGGAUUCUCAGGCUGUACUAUAUGUUUGGGACCAAUGCUUCAUGCAGCAAUGGGACCACCAGGUCCUACAAGAUGUCUGCCUUCUUCUGCUUCUCUUGCUUAAGUAUGACUUCAUGUUGACUAACAACUACAAUGAAGUUAAACAGGUGUUUACAUGUUUACCUGCUAAACUUUACACAUUGGACAUUGUAAGAGGUUACCAGCAUCUAAUCAGAGGGGAUGACCCCAAGCAUAUACCAGACCUCAACCGGCACUGGCAUAGUGUUACCAAGCCUGUGUUGCCAGAAAAUGUUGAAGAUGAUAAAGAAGAAAUUGAGGAAGAGGAGGAAGAAUUACAGAUGUCACCACAACCAGAGGAGGAGGAGGAAGAAGAAGAAAAGCUGACUGCUGUUGGACUGAAAUACUUCAGACUAAAGCUAAUCAUGAGGCAAUCUUUACCCAAAGGCAAACUGCCUCAAAAGCAUUUUAAAGCAUUGUUGGACUUCAAAGUGAGCAAUCUGUCACUCACUGUGUCUUUCUUUGUGGGUGAUGAGAUGAUAUGCAGCAAGAGCUUAACAAAGACUCCUCGUUUGAUCAAGGAAGAAAUGUUGUUUGCUAGCUUAGAAUCACAAAGAAAACGGGGCAAGAUUGAUACAAAAGUGUAUCUGGUUCAGAUGGCCAAAGAGCAUUUAAUAUUUGAUGUUGCUGAAGACUUACAAAACCAAGGAAUUUCCACUUGUGAUCUGGAACCAUAUGGCAUCAUCAACAUCAGCUAUCGUACAUCAACAAAGGACAAUGAUGGUAUUUCUAUACCGCUUGGCUGGGCUAGAGUAAAACUGUACAAUCUCACCACACAAGAAGCAGACGAUUUGUCCAGUCAACCGACAACAUCUCAGCAGGCUGCAGAUACCAUUUUACAGGAGGGGAGAACAACAGUGAUGUUGAGUGUCUUGAGUGGGGAACAGACUGUUCCUCUUUAUCCAGGCAACCCUAACUUUAAAGUGAACUCACCUGAAGAUGGAGAAGAGGAUAGUCGAAAUAUGCUGAAGGAAGGCUCUGAAGUGAUACUAGAUGUAUUUGAAGUUAUGAUAGAUGAUGAUUUCUCACAAGCACCAUCAUCUGCAUCACUGAUCAGUGAAGGUGAGGAUGACUUGGAGCCUCCCUGGGUGCCACAGAUUGAGUCUGCCAUUUUGUCUCCAGUAGAUGUCAACUUGAAAGAUACCUUUGACUUCUAUAUUGAUGGCAUCAGGUUCCUGCCAGAUAAUGCUUCAAUAUCAAAGAUUAUUGGACAAGUAGUUUCUCCCACCUUGAAUCAUAUUCCUGAGUUCCAAGGAAUUCCGGUCCUGGAUUCACCCGCACGCUCUCCUGAGAUCAAACAGCGGAUCAUGCUGUCUGGUCCUUUCAUACAAAGUAAUAUUGUUGUCUUGAGUCUCUACACUGUGGAUAAGGACACUCAUGAGCUGGUAACUAUUGGAAGUGGCACUGUACCUCUGUUUCAUCCACAUGGUGAUAAGGUUGAACUAAAUGCUGGAGGUCACCAACUCAGGGUCAUAUCUAGUCUCCCUGAUCCAGAAAAUUUAUCAAGUCAACAGAAUUUGAAAAAUUCUUCUGUAAUAGUGCCUGGCUGUUCAAUCCUAGUCAGGAUUCUACCUCAUACAGAGGACCUGAUUCCAUCACCAGAUUACUACAGCAGAUCAUAUGCAUCUAACGAGUGCAAGCCAUCAUCUGGUGAACUCAGAGUUCUUAGGCAGUUCCAGAAAGAUCCACACUUUCCUUCUCUUGUCAGGGAUUCAGUUGAAGCCUUGCAGGAGUCAGAGGCAUUUGCAUCACCAGGAGGUGAUGAUAAGACACUUUCAGCAUGGUUGACAGAUCGCCUAAAUAUUGCAAAACACAUACCAAGAGGUUCUGCACCCAUCCUUCUUGAUCUAACAAGGUGUGUUCGUUACAAUCAGAAAAAUGGCCUUACUGUUGCAAUGAAAGCUGCAUAUAAUAUCAGUGGUGAGCUUUUAUAACCAGAAUGUAUUUAUGUUAGAAUAUCGUUUACACGUCAUUGUAUCGAAAUGCAUAAUAAUAAUAGAGAAAAAAACAAUAUUGUAAUACAUUUAAA